AAUUUCCGGUUCUUUCUCAACUAGCUAGACAUGUUUUAGGGAUGCCAAUCUCAACCGUGGCAUCCGAGUCCGCUUUUAGUACCGGUGGGCGCGUCAUAGAUACUUAUAGAAGCUCUCUUACGCCAAAAACUGCCGAGUCUUUAAUUUGUUCACAAGAUUGGAUACGACGUUUACCAAAGGAUUUACAAAAUACUCAAGUUCAUGGAGUACAAUUACAAGACUUGGUUGACAACUUAGAGAAAAUAGAAGAAGAUUUGUCACCGGAAAAGAGAACAAUUGAAGACUCUUUCAUUGGAGAUGGAGAUUGGGAUUAAACUUCCACCACGUAGUAUUUGGUGUUUUUGGUUAAAACUUUGUUUGAGUUUAUGGAUUAUGUCAUUUUGG